AUGGCCUUCCCACGCCUCCUGCUAGCCCUGUGCUUCCUGCUAACACACUCCCUCACCAGCGCCUACGACGCCCCCCUCGUCACUCUAGACUAUGGCACCUUCCAGGGCAGCUAUGAUGCCACCUACAACCUCUCCUACUUUCGCAAAAUCCCCUUUGCAGCACCCGCCACAGGCGAGAACCGCUUUCGAGCUCCUCAACCCCCGCUAAACAUCACUACCAAUGGCACCUACGACACCGACCAAUCCUUCGACAUGUGCCCUCAACGCACCGUCAACGGCUCCGAAGACUGCCUCUACCUAGGCCUCUACUCCCGACCCUGGGACACCAGCUCCUCCACCACCAACCGCCCCGUCCUCGUCGUCUUCUACGGCGGCGGCUUCAUCGAAGGCGACGCCCUCUUCGGCAUGCCCCCCAACGCCUACCCCGUCCUCAACGUCAGCACCCUAAACGACUACAUCGUCGUCUACACCAACUACCGCGUCAACGCCUUCGGCUUCCUCCCCGGCCAAGCCAUCAAAGACUCGCCCACCUCCGACCUCAACCCAGGCCUUCUCGACCAACAAUACGCCCUGAAAUGGGUCAACUCCCACAUCCACCACUUCGGCGGCAACCCCAACAACGUCUCCAUCUGGGGCCAAUCCGCCGGCGGAGGCUCCGUCGUCGCCCAAAUCCUCGCCAACGGCCGCGGCUCGAACCCCAAACUCUUCUCCAAAGCCCUCGCCAGUUCCCCCUUCUGGCCAAAAACCUACGCCUACAACGCCCCAGAAGCAGAAGCCAUCUACACCCAGCUCGUCAACCUAACGAACUGCACCACCGCCUCCGACACCCUCAAAUGCCUGAAAGAGGUAGACGUCCAGUCCAUCCGCGACGCAAGCCUCAUCAUCGACGCAGACAACACUUACACCACCUCAUCCUACACCUGGGCCCCCGUCAUCGACGGAACCUUCCUCAUCGAACCCCUCACUUCUUCCACUAUCUCCUCCAACUCCCUAAAGACAGACCUCAUCUGGGGCAUGUACAACGCCCACGAAGGCGAGAACUUCAUUCCCCCCGGACUAGAAGACACAGACACUACAAACGGAUUCAACUCCUCCCUCGCGUCCUUCCAUAACUGGUUAACCGGUUUCCUUCCCGGUCUUGAUACAAACGAUAUCAACCUCAUCGAAUCGAAAUAUUACCCUGUUUCAGGUACAGCGGAGACAUUAUCCUAUAACACGACGUUCGUACGCGCAGGGCUAGUGUACAGAGACGUGGUCCUCGCCUGUCCGGCGUAUUGGGUUGCUUCUGCGGCGAAGGAGAAGGGGUAUGUCGGGGAGUAUGUGAUUCCGCCGGCGAGACAUGGGAGUGAUACGGAGUGGUGGGACACCGUUUCGAGCGUACAACAAACUGACCCAUUAAUCUACGACGGCUACGCGGGCGCAUUCGCCAGCUUUUUCCAGACGGGGGACCCCAACGCACAUAAAUUGACGAAUGCGUCGGAGCCUGGGGUGCCGGAGGUACAGGAGUCAGGGGACGAGUUUGUGAUUGCUACGGAGGGGUUCGAGAAUGUGGGGUUGACGGAGUUGAAGGAUCGGUGUGGUGACGAAGAGGAAUCUAAGUAG